CAAACAAAGAAACUAUUUUGGAACUGCCUCCAGCUUUGAGUUUCAGUUGAAAAUCUAUUCUUUCAAUAUCAACAACAUCAAGAUCGAUUUUUGGGUAUAAAUUCUUGAAAGAAGCCUCUCCAGAGCAUCAAUCUCUUGCAUCAUGUUCAAGAAACAUAACAUCACUUGUAUUCUUUGGAUUACAAUCGGCCUGAUGGCCAUCGCUGUCCAAGCAGGGCCAGUUGACGAGAAUGAAAUACAAAAGGGACGGGAGUGCAAGACCUUCUGCGAUAGGUGCGGAUGUAUUGGAUUCUAUUGUGGCGAGGAAUGCAUCUGUGAGUGCAAUCAGGAGAAGAAUGGUGGAGACACCGAGUGCAUUGCAGCCAUUCAAGCUGACGCCAAAAAGAACAGGACCCCCUUCGAGAUUCUCAUUCAAGGACCCAGUGCAAAUAGAUUCUUAAGGAAUGCUCUGCAAUUUGAACAGAAUCAACAAACCUGUAACGCCGAGGAGUCUGGACGUUCGAAAAGGAGUACCGUAGUGAUCUAUAAGCCAGCCGCUGAGGAUCUCCUCAAUUACGAUGGAUUCUGUGAGAGGCCUCUGACCAAGGAAGAUGUUGUUGAAAUGAAGAAGACAUUUCGUGCUAAACGAGCUAUAGGCGGAGAUUCAUGGUUCACAGACUUCUCAAACACUUUUGUGAAGCCAGCUCCUAUUACUGGAAUGUCAGUUGAUGCAGAAGAAAUUGACGAGAUGAUCGAUGAGGAGGAACCAGAGGUAGAGGAAGAGAACGUAGUCGCAGUGACGGAAGAAAGUAUCAUUCCAAAAAUUCGUGAGAUCAGGAAGGACAUCAGGAAUGCCCUCAACAUUGGUGAGAGUGAAAGUAUUGUAAAGGGAAUUCGCAAGACUUUCAACAAAAUCGGUGACAAGGCCCUGAAAGCUGUUGAGCUCGACGGAACAGUCAAGAAAAUCCGUGGUGCCAUCACAACACUGCUUCCCGACGAAACCGAAGGUGGCAACGCUCUGAGAACCGGCAGAAAAAUUAUCAACAAAAUCAGAGGAAAGAUCUUCCAGCCCUACGGUGAGGAGGAAGAACCCCGCAAAUAGUAAGCCCGAGGGCUUGAAAUAAAAGCCCACUCUGGGGUGUGUCUUUUUUGUGUUCUAGAAAUCCGUUAUUUAUUGUAAUAUUUAUUUUAUUCAAAUAAUAAAAAAAAUG